GGAAGUCUCGAUUUUGCCUAUAAAUAUCACUCCAGGGUUGCCAUUCUCACAGUUUUAUUUUUUCGUCAGACACAUCUUCUCUUCUCUUGAUAUAACUUCCAAUAUCAACCUAUCUUACACACUCUUCUUUAAUUUAUUAGAUCAACUUUUGAAUAAUAAAUUACCCCUUCUUCCCUAUCUUACCCCUUUUCUUUAAUUUAUUAGAUCAACUCUUGAAUAAUAAAUUAACCCUUCUCCACAUUACCUUCGCUUAUCUCUCUCGCCAAUUAUCAUACCAUUAUAACAUAUAUAAUGGCUUAUAUUGAGGUCUUAGGGCAGGAUUUGGCCACUCCACCCAAUGUCUUCCCGGUCCCACAGCUCGUUCCUGGGCUCAAGGCUUUGGUGAAGCAGACGCAUAUGGGGGAGAUUCUUGACUUCCCACUCGCGGAUAAUAUACAUUUCUGCGUGCCGACAGGUGUGGAGGGACAAUACAGACCUAUUAGGGUCUAUGGGGGCCUAUCAAUGGCUUGGGACCACGAACUCCGGGAUUUUCUAUUGAAGGAGAAUCUCGAGUAUCUUCGCGGGUUUCCUUUGCCCAGUUGUCUGACGAUAGAGAUUGUGCCAGACACAGAGUGGGAGCAGCGCGAGGCUGAGGCUCGCCGGGUUCGUGAGGAGAAAGCUGCUGCUCGUCGGCGAACCAAUCAGCGACAGACUCAGCGUGCUGCACUGGCUGCUGCUCAACUAGCUGCUAACCCACAGCCUGCUGCGCCAGCUCCUGUUGCUUCUGCUCCUGCUCCCCCCGCCCCUGCUCCUGUUGCUCCUGCUCCUGCUCCCCCCGUCCCUGCCUUUGGUGUGCCUGAUCUUGGCGCCCUUGAUCUUGAUGUGCCCGAUGUUGGCCACCUUGAUCUUGGUAUGCCAGCUCCUGUUGCUCCUGCCCCCCCCGCCCCUGCUACUGUUGCUCCUGCUCCUGCUCCCCCCGUCCCUGCCUUUGCUGUGCCUGAUCUUGACGGCUCUGAUUUUGGUCAGCCCGAAUUUAACGGCUUUGAUUUUGGUGUGCCCUAUCUUGAAGGCUUUGAUUUUAGUGUGCCUGGUCUUGACGGCUUUGAUCUUGGUGUGCCCUCUCCUCCCGCUUGAUCUUGGUGUGCCCGAUGUUGGCCACCUUGAUCUUGGUAUGCCAGCUCCUGUUGCUCCCGCUCCUCCCGCCCCUGCCUUUGGUGUGCCUGAUCUUGGCGCCGUUUAAUUUUGGUGUGCCCGGUGUUGGCCACCUUGAUUUUGGUGUACCUGAUCUUGACGCCUUUGGUUUCGGUGUGCCCGCUCCUCCAGGCUCCCGCUUGAUCUUGGUGUGCCCGAUGUUGGCCACCUUGAUAUUGGUGUGCCCGCUCUUCCUGUCCCUGCCUUCGGUGUGUCCGCUCCUCCCGCCUGUGCUUUUCGUGUGCCUGAUCUUAGCGCCCUUGAUUUUGGUGUGCCCGAUGUUGGCCACCUUGAUCUUGGCGCCCUUGCUCGUGAUAAUCAUGAACCUUUCUUGUUCCUCUAGGACUGGCCAGUCGAAUUAAUUAGAUUCAUCCCUGGCUGCACCCGACUUGAGAGAAUGAUAGGAGCAGGACUCAGAGAGGUGAAAGACCCCAGUCUUAGUUCUAGAAUGAGAGUCUUUCGAUAUCUGGUUAUAAAUUAGAUAUUGGAAGAUUCCGCUCGCCGGGACUACAAUUGGACCGCGUA